AUGCCAUCGCACAGCACAGCACCCCAAGCUUGUGGGGUGUGGACCUCGGCAUGUGCUCUCCAAAUACCCGAAAACGCCAUCCCAAGCUUUCUCUCUUUCUCUCUCUCCGACCGGACAACUGCGUUUCAAAACCUUCUUUAUCAUCACAAAAUAAUCACCACCGUUUCCGACUCUUCCUUUUCCAGCUCACACUUCUCGCAACCACCCACCACCCCUCCAUCACCUCGAUCGCAUAAAACCUCAACUGUCUUCAAAAUGGUUGCCGACGCUCUCGUCUACCACCCUUCCGUAGCUCACUACCUGCGCUUCGUCGCCACCACCGUCGGCCGCGACAAGGUCCUGCGUCUGAUCCAGUACUUUGCCCGCUUCUACAGCUGGUACCUGCUGCGCACCAACGCCACCACGGCCUCCAUCAACCCCUGGGAUGCCGUCAAGAAGCAGCUCGGCCUCGCCCGCAAGGUCAUGCGCUUCGGCAAGAACAUUGAGCACGUCAAGGCUGCUGCUGUCGCCGCCGACGCCAAGUCCAUGGACCCCGUCCUCCGCUACGCCGCCAUCGGCAGACAGCUCGGUUAUGCCGGAUACCUGACCUUUGAUGCCCUCACCCUCCCUGACGCCAUCGGCUUCCGCAAGUCGCCCUCCACAAAGACUUUCACCCAGCAGGCCCAGCGCUUCUGGGCCAUGGGUAUCACCUUCAGCAUUGCUGCCCAGCUCUACACCCUCUACACCCUUAAGCAGCGCGAGCAGCGCAUCGACCGUAAGGACGGCGAGGGUGUCGUCGAGAGCAAGCGCAUCAAGAUUGAGCGUGCUACCAGCCAGCUCCAGCUCUUGUCUGACUUUGCCGAUCUCACCAUCCCCACCUCCGGCCUCGGCUGGACCAACUUUGACGAUGGCUUCAUUGGUCUUGCCGGUACUCUCAGCAGCGCCAUUGGCAUCUACAACCAGUGGAGAAAGACUACCUAAGCUACUCAUUACAUACGCUACUCCUUGUUCCUCCCGGUUGUCACAGUCGUCAGCAACGGACAUGGAAACAAGGCAAUAACCCCCCAACAACAAUAAUGUAUCAUACCAACGAGUGCUGUCCCUGUUUGUCGAUGGACUUCACCAUCCCUUUGAUUUGGUCUUUCCUUGCAAGGCGUCAUCUUUGUUCGGCUCCUGUUCUCAGUGGAUUGUCUGCAAAACGUCAACUAUUACUGCCCAAUCUUUCUCUUUAUGUUCUUCCCGUUUACGAUGCAAAGAAUCACUAGUAAAAUAUUUCAUACAAUAUUAAAAAAAAAUAACAAUUAAAGAUUUCAUAUUCUGGUUAUCACAAUUUUACCUAGUCAGAGAAGAAAAAAUUAAAAGCAAAUUAAAAGGAACAAAGGCUAGCGUAAACGUAAACGCAGCAAAUCAAGCAACCCGCCUCGAGAAACAUGUUCAAGCAAAUAUAACAUCGCUGCCACGCUUUUCGACAGCAAAAUAGGCAGAAUUCAUACAAAGUAUCGUUACACCUGGAAGGGUAGAUUGGGCUGGUUUGGCGCACCCUUCCAAAUGCUAUGCCGACUAUGCAGUAGUAGUAGCCUUCCAUCACGCGCAAGGCUGAUUAGAAGGCAGUACAACUUGAGCGAGCACAGCACAUGUCGAUAGUCGAGAGUGUUGGCAAGGCACGUCGUCUAAAUGGUCGCGUCAGCAACGGUAUCCCAUUGUCGCCAACCUGGCACCCCAUCACCAAUAGCACGGAAGAAAAUGGGUGGAUUUACCAAUAAUGCCCCUCGCGUCCAUAAUCUCUUCCGUAGCUAGGUUCACGCGGCGGGUAGGGUGGUGCCUCUCGAGGGGGGAAGCCCCUCGGCGGUCGAUGGUACUGACGCUCCUGGGCAUAGGGGUCGGGUGGAGGAGGGGGAGGGUAGUCGUGGCGGUAAUCAUCAUAUCGGCCUCGAGGGGGAGGUGCCAUGUAGUCCGCCAUGGGACGGCGUGGGGGGGAGUGGUAGGGCCCGCGGUCGUCGUAGUACUCUCGUCGAGGGCUACGGUUACGGUAUCCAUAUGGAGGUCCUUCACGGCGAGGGCUGUAUCCACGAGGAGGUCCGCGGCGGUCAUAUCCAUCGUACGAAGGCAUAAAUGGUCGCCGACCGGGUGAUCGAGACCGUCCACGAUCUCUGGGAACUUCGGUUUGGGUCUGCCGCCUGUGUUAGUGGACACUGAUGAAAAGAUAAUGGGCAAAAAAACAAAAUUUUCUUACAUCGGCUACGCACUGGACAGUGACGCCCUUAAAUUCAGUAUUGUCCAGCUUCUCCACGGCAGUCUUCAGGUCCGCAGCGUUUUCGUAUUCAACAAAUCUAAGCAUCAGCAGCUGUUAGUGCACUAGUCCUUGGUUGUCUCAGAGAAAUAGCAUAUCGUACCCUCUAUCGGAAUCGCGCCCAGUCUCAGAGUAAACAACGUCAAGGCCGGGCUGACGUGCAAAGUCCUUGAGGUCCUAUUCCAGAAUCCAGGUAAGUGGUUUGGCUCGUCCAGUGGGUGUCCCUGGCGGGGGCAGCAGCGACAUAGCUACUACACCAGCCCAAGGGGUGGCAUCAACGCACCUGCCAGCUAGUCUCGGUUGGGAGGCCAUUAAUCUGCAUCCGAUGAAUCGUUCGGCGAGGUCGAGGGGGUCCGCGUUCGUGGUGGCCGUAUCCGCCAGUCUCUUUUGGUCGUGUGCCUCGGGCAAACUGGACGGUCAAUCGUUCGCCCAUAAAAGUCGAGCCAUCUGCGUAUUGGAUUGAGGUUAGCUAGGCCGUUGGGAUGUCUAAACAGCAUCAAUAUCCCAUCGGAGAGGCAGUUGAACGUACGAAAAGCUGUGUAGCAAGCAGAAACAGAUUAGCGAGCUAGUCUCGUGACAUGGCGCCGACGGCAGUUACUCACCGGGAACUACAUCUCGGGCAUCCAUAGGAUCCUUGUAUUCGAUAAAGCCGAAGCCGUUCAUCAGCUUGACUUCUACGAUUUCUCCGGUGCCAUGCGUCGCAAAGUGAGCUUCAAUAUCGGCCUUGGUAGCUGUGUUCCGGGGAUAUGGUCAGUCGGGUUGCCUGGGGGGCGCAAAAAUACGUAAGAGAGUUAUGGAGGAGAGUAUGGACCAUUGCGUGGGAGGUUUCCCAGAUAGAGACGGGUAUUUGAAACCUCGGUCAUGAUGAAUCGAUUGGGCAGAGAGCAGGCGCUCUUCUGUGCAAGUCAGAAAGCGGCGAUGUCCUCGACGGGCCGUUGGCGACGGGGCAGGAGCCUAGCAGAAGAGGUGUGAGGGGGCUGGCGCCAGUAAAGAGCAGAAGAGAAGGUGGCGGUCCUCGAGCAGAUGGCCGGGCUUUUGUUGGUGAAGCUGAGAAAUAAAAGAAUCCAGGUAGGGCACCGGGGGGACAAGUUGGGCACGGAAAGGACCAGAGAGGGGGGAAGGGAAGGAGCAGCGCUCGCACUGUUUGUUGGGGGCAAACCUGAAGAGCAGCGAAGAUGCGG